CAUGUAGUUUGACGUAUCACACAUCAGAAGGCUUUUGGCUAGAAACUUGUGUUUAUUUUCUUUAGCGGAAACCCAGUUGUCCUUGGUUCUAUCGUUAUUCUUGACAGGUACACAGUUGGAUAUAUAAGUGGCUGUGUAAUACCGAAGAAAGUCUAAAACUUGUUACAAAACGGUCCCUUGGACGAUAAAUACACUAGCGUAGGGGCUAGUAACGUUAGUAGUUAGCCAAGUCUAGCUAGCUAGCAACAACAAGGAAAGAUGGGGUCGAUUCUUAGCCGGAGAAUCGCUGGCGUUGAGGAUAUUGAUAUCCAGGCGAAUUCUGCGUACAGAUUUCCACCGAAAUCGGGGAAUUACUUUGCCAGCCAUUUUUUCAUGGGAGGGGAGAAAUUUGACACUCCACAUCCAGAGGGUUACCUAUUUGGAGAGAACAUGGAUCUGAACUUCCUUGGAAAUAGGCCUGUACAAUUUCCGUACGUGACCCCGGCACCCCAUGAGCCUGUGAAGACCCUGAGAAGUCUGGUCAAUAUCAGAAAGGACUCCCUGCGCUUGGUCAGGUACAAAGAUGACACUGAUGCUCCAGUAGAGGAAGGAGGGAAGCCAAAGGUUCUGUAUGGUGUGGAGUUCACAUUUGACGCUGAUGCUCGUGUGGCUAUCACCCUGUAUUGCCAAGCUUUUGAGGAAUUCACCAAUGGGAUGGCAAUGUACAACCCAAAGGGCCCAGCCCUGGUUUCUGAGACUGUACACUAUAAGAGGGGUGUGAGCCAACAUUUCUCCCUACCUUCUUUCAAAAUCGAUUUCACCGACUGGAAGGAGGAGGAUCUGAACUUUGACCUGGACCGGGGUGUUUUCCCCAUGGUGAUCCAAGCUGUGGUGGAUGAAGGGGAUGAUUGCUUGGGACAUGCACAUGUGCUGCUGGCAGCUUUUGAGAGACAUGUGGAUGGCAGUUUCUCCGUCAAGCCUCUGAAGCAGAAGCAAAUUGUGGAUCGUGUGAGCUACCUGCUGCAGGAGAUCUAUGGAAUUGAAAACAAAAACAACCAAGAGACCAAGCCAUCGGAGGAUGAGAACAGUGAUAACAGCAAUGAGUGUGUUGUUUGUCUGUCAGACCUCCGAGACACCAUCAUUCUGCCCUGCAGACACCUGUGUCUCUGCAACUCCUGUGCUGACACUCUGCGUUACCAGGCCAACAACUGUCCUAUCUGCAGACUGCCCUUCCGAGCCUUGCUGCAGAUCAGAGCUGUGAGGAAGAAGCCUGGGCCGCUGUCCCCUGUGUCUUUCAGCCCUGUACUGGCUCAGACCAUGGACCAUGAUGAGCACUCGAGCUCAGACUCCGUUCCCCCAGGCUUUGAGCCCAUCUCUCUGCUGGAGGCCCUGAACGGCCUGCACUCUGUGUCCCCCUCCAUCCCCCCCGCCCCCCUCUACGACGAUAUUAACUUCUCUGGGAGCCUGGUAGGGGAGGGCCGGCCGCUGGGCUCCCCAGAACACUCCGGGGACGGGGGCCUGCAGAAGGGCAAGGUCAGCAAGUCACCUGACAGCACCCUGAGGUCGCCCUCAUCACCCAUCCAGGAGGAGGAUGAGGAGAAGCUGUCUGAGAUGUCGGACGCCCAGCCUCACACACUGCUCUCCAGCAGCCCUGCUCCCACCGAGGCCACUGCAGCCGAGGAUGUACCGGAGUCCAUCUCCCCAGAUGAUGAGGACAGGCUGCACUCUGGAGGAGAGCGAGAGAUCCUUCAGGACUACAGCAGUGAACACAGCAGCCUGACCAAAACAGAGAGUGACCCGCCAGGGGACCUGUCUCUGCCAGCUCUAGGUCCUGAUGCCUGCUCUAUUGGUGUGGAGGAAUAAAUGUGGGUCAUCAGAGAGCCUGAAGAGUCAGAGUACCAACUGCUCUAGCCAGCCCCUCCUGUGUCCCCUCAGCAGCCUUCACAUGGAGGAUGAGCAAUUUGACCCCUAACCUCUGGGCCCAACGGUUCUCCCUCUCUGGCUGAGUCCCAAUUCACUUUCUCACAUGGAUUUCACAAUGGUGGAAACUCCCUCCAGUCAAUAAUUACACCAAUCCAAUGCUUUUAAAUCCAUGACGGGGAGUGUGAAAGUGCACAUUUAGCCUAAAGGAUGAAUAAUUGGGACUUAACCAUGGUCUCCUCCCAAGCCCAUCCCUCCCCUAUGAUCCAGUCCCCUUGGGCCUUGUAGAAGACCUCUCUCCUACUUUGGUCACCGAUUCAUGCCAUAACUGGCAUUGAUUCAAAAUGUGUUUGUGGUGGUCAUUGCAAGGAUUUACUAAAACCAUACUAUACCUUAAUAGAAAAACAACAAGUCCUUAAUUAGAUUGCUUUGCAUACAUACAUUUAGGAGUGUGUAAUUGUUUAUCCAUUCUGGAUGGGGUUGUGAUGCAGUGGCGGACAUUGCAUGAUUCCAGUGGUUGAGUAUGACUACCAUCAUAUGGUAGUACUAGAAGCACACUCACUUUCAGUUUACUCUAUUCAAAUUAUUGCUUGACACUAAUUGUUUUCGAGAGCAUUAAUACCAUUCAUGUUGUAUUCAUCUAAACUAAUAACUUUUUUUAACUGUUAUUUCUUGGUGCUUGUAUGAUAUGAAACGUUUUUGAAAGCAAACUUUGAAACAUUUCAGUGGACAUUUGACAUGAUCUAAACUUGACAUAAUUGAAUGGUGUCAUUUGUUUUAAAGGUUUUGAGGAUUCAUUCAUUUUACUUUGAAAUGGUGAAUUCCCCUGUCAUAGCGAGUCAAAUUGAGGCAUUUCAUUUCAAGUUGUCUUCAACGGUAAAUAUCUGCAUUUGUUUGUUUUUAUACUGAAUUAUGUGAUAUCUUAUAUAUUGUACCUGUACUAGAAAAUUGUGUAGAUUAAUUUGCAAAAUUGUAUAUUUGUGUAUUAUAGAAGAACAUCUGGGGAUUCAAAUAAGGAGAUUAGUAGUUACAGCUACAUGCACAGUAUCUCACAUUUAGCUGAUCGAUUUUUAGUGACAGAGUCCAGCUUUACACCCGAACAGCUGAACACAAAGAUAGAUAGAGCCUGCAACAAGCCAAUACGCGAUGCUGACUGUAUAGCACAAAGUGUGUUAUUUGUAGACGUGGCAUAUUUCUGUAGCUAUAUUGUGGCUUGUCAUCCUGGCAUAGUCGUUGCCUUGCUCAAGUUCCAUGACUUGCAGUGUCUGACUUAUCUGUAGAUGUAGCACCAUACAUAUAGAUCUAUGUGCCUUCAACUAAACAGAUAUGGCUGCUGCUUGUUGCAUUUUUGGUGUUCUUGUGAUGAAACUGUUUCAGGAUAUACAGCUGUAUGAGCUGAUAUACAGAGCUGUAAAAGUAUGACAUUUCUUUGCAUUCUCAAUGGUUCGUUAAAUAUUUUUAAAGAAACCUAAUUGUUAUUAAAACCAACUGUUCAGCAAUUACAAUUAUGUCAAGUCCAUAUAUUGAUACAUUUAAUCAAAAGAUUAACUACAUUAUGAGUAGACUUGGUUGUUAUAUGGUCUGUAUUGUAUGUGUUCUAAUUUUUUUCCCAGGGGGAAUAAACUAAAUGCUUCUCAACCAUUUUACUUAUGCAA